AAACCAAACUUCAUUUCUACCUGAACGCAAGUGAAGAAACAACAACAACAAACAUUAUCACAUUUCUCAGUUUCUAUCAACAAUCAACAGUCAAUUAACAAACCAACCAACCAAUCAAUCACCAAACAGUAACACACCACCAACAGGAUCACCAUUUCUACCUCCACCAUCACCUCAUCACCUCAUCAUCUCACCUUUAUCACCACCGUUGACAAGAAACAAGUAGAAUAGAAUUUUUUAUUUCUUCUAUUCUCACAUCAUCAACAUUUUUCUCUUUUCUCUCAUUUUCCUUUAAGUUUAUUCUCAAAAUUUUCUUUCUUCUCUUUUCAACCAUUUAAAAUUCUAUUCUCUUUAAUCAUCUCUUUUUUCUGGUCAUUUUCUUUUUUCCUCAUCAUCAUCUCUCUCUCAUUUCAACAGUUUCAACGAGUCAUCAUGUUAAUUGUCUCUAAUUAGUGUUGUUAUUGUCAUUUAACGUUUAGAUUAACAAACGGAUUGACUUUUGGUUUCUCUGUGAAUUUUUGAUUACAUUUACAUUUACUAAUCCAACUGUUACCAAGCGAUUAAGAUAAUAUGUAAUCCAUUGGGUUUAUCAUUGGUUCAAGUGAUUUUCUUUUCUGUGUCCAAUUGUCUACUUCAAAUGUGACUAAUCAACUAUCUGGUGUUAAUUGUUUACUGGUUAAUUCUCUCAUUAAUUUGGGUCUUCUCUCAAUUGUUUACCUAUAAAUUUUGAUAAUCACAAUCAACACAAUAAUCAACCAUGGAUACUUUAUGUUUAUAUUUUCCUCUUCUCCUAUUAAUUGGCCUUUCUGAUCAAGAAGAUUUAAUCUCAAAUGGAUCUAGUGUAUUCAAGGAACUAAAGUUAAUCCCUUAUGAUGCAAUAUUGGAUGAAACAGUUACACCAACAUCAUUAUCAUCUUCAAGCAGAUCACCGGAAUCGGAUGAUAAUCCUCACCACAAUCAAGACGAAGACGAAGAUGCUAAUCAACGAUCUCAUAAUGCGACUCCAUCCUCAUCCUCAUCCUCAUCCUCAUCUUCAUCAUCUUCAUCUUCAUCAUCAAUUCCAACCACUAACAUUUACAAUGCAUCAACAAAGAUUUAUAUUGUUGCCAUUAUCGGUAUUGUCCCAGCCAUUCUUGGUGGAUUAGUUUAUUGGCUUAAUUAUUUUCGUAAAUCAUGUUUCAAGAAUCAAAGAAAAAAACAAGAGAAUAAGAAAGUUAUGGCUUCCAAAGGCUGGCAUGGGAAUUACAUUCGUCCUUAUCGUUACGAGGGUAAAGAUGAGAGUACAAUUAAAUUGGGAUCCGAUGAGAUGAUGUCCACUCACGAUGAUAAAGAUUUAAUCACCUCCCCCAUUGUCCGAAAAAAACGGACCUUCUCCAUUGAAUACCCUCGUCACAAUUUAGAGUUACUUGAUAUUCUGGGCGAAGGAAAUUUCGGUCAAGUUUGGAAGGCCAGAAUUACUCAUUUCCGUGAGAUAUCAUAUGUUGCCGUGAAAACCAACAAACCUGAUUGUGGUGAUAAAGAUUGGGAGGAUUUACUUCAAGAACUGGACAUUAUGCUGAAAUUGGGUAAACACCCAAAUGUUGUCCGACUUUUAGCUUGUUGCACUGAAAAAGUUCCAUAUUAUCUAAUCAUGGAAUACGUUGAACAUGGGAAAUUACUUAAUUACAUUAGACAAUAUCGAAAGGAUAAUCGCUAUUACAAUGAUGGUUACUAUCGAUUCACAAUCGCUGAUUUAAUCUUAUUUUCAUAUCAUAUUGCCAAAGGAAUGGAGUUCAUAUCGAGCUAUGGAAUAAUCCAUCGGGAUUUGGCAGCAAGAAAUAUCCUAAUCUCCAAAGAUCGAGUAUGUAAAGUAGCUGAUUUUGGAUUAGCUCGAAAUGCGAUCAAUUAUGAUCGCGAUGGGUACGAACAAAAAACUCGAGGAGCGAUGCCGAUCCGUUGGAUGGCCCCCGAAUCAUUGAGCUUAAAUAUAUUUACCGCUAAAUCGGAUGUUUGGUCAUUCGGUGUAUUACUUUGGGAGAUUGUCACUCUUGGAUCAACACCUUAUCCCGGAUUAACGGCCAGUGAAGUGGUCAAGAAUGUCCGAGAAGGUUACACCAUGGAAAGGCCACCAGUCCGUUGGUGUAACUCGGAGGUUUAUACCCUAAUGAAAGCGUGUUGGUCCAAUGAUCCCUCACAGCGGCCAAAUUUUACCCAAAUUAAAUUAAUUCUUGGACAAAUGUUAAGCUCCCGACGGGAUUAUGUUGAUCUUAGUGAUUUCCAAUCAUCUGAUCCUUAUUACAACAUAAUGUACAGUUCACCUGGUGAAAAGGUUUAAUUAUUCAUGCUGAGAUUAAGACAUUACCGGAUUACAAAGUGACGAUAAUUGACACAAAAUGCUAAUAUAAUUAGAGUGAUUUGACCAACAAUCAAAUUGAGUCUUUUUUUUUGUAUUCCAAUUUCAUGUAACUUUUUUUCAUAUUCAAUCUGUAAAUAGAAACACAUAAGUUUUGUUAUUAACAAUUAAUUACAAUUCGAUGGAAAAUUUUUGUAAAAACAAUUAACACAAUUGAAUUGCCUGUAAAAAGAAAAAGAAAUCAAUGUUAA